GGUGAGGCGGCGGGGCCCGGCGCCAUGGAUCGCAACCCCUCGCCGCCCUCCAGCGAGGCGGAGGAGGAGAGCGACGCGGUGGGCAGCACGGUGUACAGCAAGCAUUGGCUCUUCAGCAUCCUUACGCGCCUCAUCGAGCUCAUCAGCCCCGAGAAGUCCGAGCCCAGCGGGAACCCCGAGGGGAUCCAGACGGAGCUGGACGAAGAGAUGGAGAACGACAUCUGCAAGGUGUGGGACAUGUCCAUGGAUGAGGAUGUUGCUUUGUUUCUUCAGGAGUUCAAUGCCCCUGAUAUAUUCAUGGGAGUUUUUGCCAAAUCCAAGUGUCCUCGUCUGACCGAGAUCUGUGUGGGAAUACUGGGAAAUAUGGCCUGUUUCCAAGACAUUUGCCUGUCCAUUAGUAAAGAUGAGAAUCUCGGCCAAGUGUUACUGCAGCGUUUGUGUGAUUCGGACUCUCCAACUCUCCUGGAAACAAGCAGGUUGUUGCUGACUUGCCUCUCCCAACCUGAGGUGGCCAACAUUUGGGUUGAGAGGAUCCGAGACAGCCCUUCAGUGUAUGACUGUGUUUGCUUUAUCAUGUCAAGCUCUACAAAUGUUGAAUUGCUGGUAAAAGUGGGUGAAGUGGUGGACAAACUCUUUGAUCUGGAUGAAGAGCUGAUGUUAAACUGGAUUAAAAGUGGCACUUGUCAGUCUGUGGGACCCUCUACAGAUGACUCCCCUGAAGAGCUUCCAGAUUUUAAAAUUGUGCCUUGUAUACUUGAAGCAGCCAAACAAGUCCGCUCAGAUAGUCCAGAAGGACUUGAUGUUUAUAUGCAUAUCUUGCAGCUCCUCACUACGGUGGACGAGGGCAUACAGGCUAUUGUGCAGGCUCCUGAUGGAGGAAAAGAGACCUGGGCUUUACUUUAUGACCUGAUUUGCCAUGAGCUCUGCCAGCCGGAUGAUCCACCAAUCAUUGUGCAGGAGCAGAAGACGGUAUUGGCCUCUAUUUUGUCCGUGCUGUCUGCCAUAUUUGCUUCACAGACAGAACAAGAAUACAUCAAGAUGAGGAAAAAUAUGCCUCUGAUUGGGAGCUUGAUUCGUAUCUUACAAUACAUGGAGGGCUGUGGGAAGAGAUCUGUUGAUAACUCAAAGGAAUCUGAACAAGAAGAAAGCGGAAAGGCCGAACUGAAGGAGGAAGAUUUUCAUUUGAAAAUUUUGAAGGAUAUUUGUUGUGAAUUACUUUCCAAUAUGUUUCAAGAACUGACCAAGGAAAAUACAUUAGAAGGACUAAACCAGGGACAUCUAAAUGAACAGACGUGUUCCUGCGCGUUCCAGAACCUCCUGCCCCUGUAUUUCACAUCAGUGGAGAGUUUCCUUGAAGUUCUGCGUGAGGCUGAUGGAACACUUGCUGAGAAUCUUGAAAAACGUUUCCCGAGCCUGAAGGUCCCUACCUAAGAGAGCAUACAUGAAAUACUUUUCCUUUUUUGGAAUGAAGAUUUUUUGACUGUUUGCUACAGUGUUUCAGAAAUCAGUUUUUCAGUACAUGUGGAAGAAUGGGGCAACUUCCUUACCAGCAGGUGGCUUUUAAGAAAUGUAGCCCUGAUUAAAUUAGGUAUCAUCUGGUCUGCAUGGUGAAGGAAAUUAUUUGGAGUUUGGUUCUGCAUCUUCCAUCCUGUUUGCUCUGGUGAUGAAAGACUGUUCACUUCUUGUUGAUCCUGUGCAGAAUAGUGUUGUUUGGAUGACUCUUGGUCCUGUGCUUUUCAACUUACAUUGAGACAGCAAAAUUAACUAAAUACACUGAGUUGUUCCUAACGUGAUGCUGGCAUUUUCCAAGUUGCUGCUGGCAGCAGAAAAAUGAACUAGUGGGAGAUCUCAGAUGUCUUUUAGCUAAGCAUUUUCAUGCACCUGAUGAACACAGAGUUAAGUUACACAGAGAAGAGUCGUCUUUUCUUCUUAUUAUUACAGUACCUUGGACAGGUAUUGUAACAAAUGUUUCAUCCUGCACCUUCAAAAUCUUUACGUGUCUUAUACUGAAGCCUCUCUUGCACUGCAGCACUGAGUCGUGACCUGCAGGUCCCAUGCAUUUCAAAGGAUGGAGAAUGUGCUUUCCGAAGGUGUGUCCUCUGUGAAGGACAUCAGAAAUGCCUUGUGAGCCUGGCUUUUCAGGGGAGUUAAGGUGUUAGAUCACUUGCAGUCAGUGAAUUCAGUGUACAGACUCUUCGAAGAAUCAUGCUUUUGAUUACUUCCUUUUUUAACUGCGUUACCUUUUCACAUUCCUGCAUGCAGUGCAGCUAACGUUCUUUUCUGCAUGAGCAACACAUCAGCUUCAGGUGUUUCUUUAAAUUGGAGAGGAAAACAAUUGGUCUUCAUCAGAUUUAGGAUGUAAAGAGAAGUAGAAACCAGAGCAUAGAGAAUAACAGUACCAUUGUACACACAUUACCCAACACUCCGGGUUUUUAUAGGCUUUUAAAUAUUGUGCUGGGCCAUGUUUUGUUUGCCCCAAGUUAUACGUAGACAUGGCAAGUAUAGUAUCUGUAGAUGUAUACAGCCUUUCCACCCAACUUCAAGUUUUCAAAAGAAAGUACAUUUUAACCUUUUCCUUGGGCUGCCAGCAACUUCUGUUGGUGUGGGAUGCGGAAUUAAAAAGUCUUGAUUUGUGUUACCAAAAAGAAUUGCAGUGGUUUCUAUCAAUUUUUGUAUGCUGUGUUUAUUGGAGAAAACUGGUAACUGUGAAUAGGAUGACAGCAUUUUUCAUACUACUUUGACAGUUUUUGGGUAUUUUCUUAAACCUUCAGAUUUGUAAUAAAGUUUCUUUUUUAUAAAAAGAAA